UGUGUACAAAGGAUGAUAUAACGGCAAGUAAAGGUGACGGAUGUACAGAACGAGUGAGAGACACAGAGAGAACUUCAAAUCGAACAGAGGACAGAAGACAGAUGAUUGAAUGAAGCCUCCACCACUAACCAUGCAGUGGAGUCUAUCUCUCUGCUCUUUAAUGGGAGUUGCGUUAUUAGCCCAGAUGAGCAGCACCUCAACAGUAAACGUUGCGUUUCAAGGAGUGGCCACUCAGUCAUCACAGUACUCUGCUUCUAAUGUUAAUCAUGUGAAAGCUUCUAAUGCCAUUGACGGGAACAAAGACCCAAACGCCGACAAUGGAUCCUGCACCCACACAAAGGAGGAGACCAACCCCUGGUGGAGAGUGAACCUGCUGGAUGUGUACAAAGUGACUACUGUUGUAAUCACCAACAGAAACAGCCAUCCUGAGAGGCUCAAUGGUUCAGAGAUUCGUAUUGGUAAUUCACUGGAGAACAACGGCAACAACAACCCCAAAUGUGCAGUCAUCUCCAACAUCUCAGCAGGACAGAACCAGACCUUCCAGUGUAAAGAGAUGGAGGGACAAUAUGUCAGUGUGAUCAUCCAUGGCAAUAACCAAAUUCUCACUCUGUGUGAGGUGGAGGUAUAUGGCAGUCUAGCGGGACACUGUUCAUCUGCAACAUGCCUCUCUCAUGACGAGUAUCACUUUGUGAACCAAAAUAAGACCUGGACUGAAGCACAGAAUUAUUGCAGACAGCAGUACACGGACCUGGCCACCAUAGACAACGUGGAGGACUUGGACAGACAGAUGAAAGCUGUACACAGUAAUUAUACUGAAGCAGCCUGGAUAGGGUUAAAGAAGGGAGACUGGAAGGGAGAGUGGCAGUGGUCAGACAAUGAUUGCAGUGAGGGAUAUUUCAACUGGCACCAAGACGAACCAAAUAACAGGGAAGGGAACGAGGACUGUGUGAUGAUGAGCAACGGUGGCCAAUGGAAUACAUCUGAUUGCAACAAUUCACAUGCAUUUAUCUGCUAUGACAGACUGAACAGUUCUGGUACGAAAUUCCAUUUGAUUAAUAAUAAUCAGAUGACUUGGAGAGAUGCUCAGAUGUACUGUAGGGAGAAUCACACAGACCUGGCCAGUCUGAGGAACCAGACUGAGAAUGAGGAGAUAAUUAGUCUGGCUAGUGGUGAUAGUGUGUGGAUUGGCCUGUUCAGAGGCUUCUGGAAGUGGUCGGACCAGAGUAACUGCUCAUUCAGAAACUGGCAUGAGAGACAACACGAUAACACCGGAGGGAAUCAGACCUGUGCUGUGACAUUUAUGAACUAUUCCGGGCGUUGGGGUUUUCAGAAGUGUGAUGAAAAACAACCUUUCUUCUGCUACGACAAUAAGGUGAUCUUGAUUCAUCAGAAUAAGACGUGGAAAGACGCCCUGGCCUACUGCAGAAAGCAACACGACGACCUGGUCUCUGUCCACUCUGACGAGGGCCAGAGAUGGGUGGAGGCCCAGGCCAAGAGAGCCUCCACUCCUCAUGUGUGGCUGGGCUUGCGCUUCACCUGCACUUUGAACCUCUGGUUCUGGGUCAGUGGAGAGUCCACCUGCUACAACAACUGGGCUUCGGGAAACGGGACCAUCAUGGAGGACUGUGGGAGAACCGGAGUGAGGAGUACCGGGGCGGUAGAGAAAGAUGGAGGACACCAGUGGGUCAGUCUGCCUGACACAGAAGAGCUCAACUUCAUCUGCAGCACCUAUAAAAAAAAAAAAGACUCUGGACCACGGUAGUAGAAUCUGGACCAAGGUAGUAGAAUCUGGACCAAGGUAGUAUAAUCUGGACCAAAGUAGUAGAAUCUGGACCAAGGUAGUAGAAUCUGGACCAAGGUAGUAGAAUCUGGACCAAAGUAGUAGAAUCUGGACCAAGGUAGUAGAAUCUGGACCAAGGUAGUAGAAUCUGGACCAAGGUAGUAAAAUCUGGACCAAAGUAGUAUAAUCUGGACCAAGGUAGUAGAAUCUGGACCAAAGUAGUAGAAUCUGGACCAAGGUAGUAGAAUCCGGACCAAGGUAGUAGAAUCUGGACCCAGCUCUAGCAGGGUACCAUUCCCAGACAUGGGUUUGGCCUAGUCCUGGACAAAAAAAAGCAGAGAAGAAUCUCCAUUUAGAAUUCUUUUUAGUCCCUGUCUAGGCUUAAUCUGUGUCUGGGGAAACCGGCCCUCAGUCUUCAGAUCUAUAUAUUUUCAUUCAUAGAACUUUCUGGAAGCAUGUUGCUGUCGUAGCUUUUGAAAAAGAAAAGCAUCACACUCUAGGAGCUCAGAUGUAAUAAUUUAAUAACCAACGUUUGGACAGACAAGCUGUCUUCAUCAGGGUAUAAUGACAAACACUGUGUGUCACUAGUUGUCUCUGUAAUCAUGGCUGGGUGUGGCUUGAUAUCAUUGGUCGAUUUACAGAUAUAAAUAGAACAUAUAAAAAAAAUGGAUAUACGAUCAUAGAUACAAUUCAGCUACA